AUGUCCACUGCUUUACCGUUUCAGACAUGGUUUUUGGAAGCCGAUGGCACCUCUAAUCGCCCUCUCGACACUAUCGAAACAUUUUUCAAGCUUCUAGCUGAUGGUGGUGCCCCCAUCAACCGCGAGCACUGGGCCAUCACUGUUGCCUUGCGUCUGAAGACCCCAGAAUCUGUCAAGGAGGUUGUGCCGGUUCUGAGACGAACCUGGUUAACCCUUGUCCGACUUCAUCCAAACCUCGCUGGAAAGUCUCAUAUGUCUGAUGCGGACGAUCUGCCCAGUCAAAUCUUGUCUGUUGGCCCUCUAAAUGAAGACACAUGA